AUGCCAUUGAAAUGGAAAACGAGCUCUCCUGCUAUCUGGAAAUUCCCAGUUCCUGUGCUUAAAACAUCCAGGUCAACUCCACUUUCUCCAGCAUACAUAUCUCUAGUGGAAGAGGAGGACCAGCACAUGAAAUUGUCCCUUGGAAGCAGCGAAAUGGGUCUCUCAUCCCAUCUGCAGUCUUCCAAGGCAGGGACCACACGCAUCUUUACCAGCAAUACCCACAGUUCGGUGGUGUUACAGGGCUUUGACCAGCUUCGACUUGAAGGAUUGCUUUGCGAUGUGACCCUGAUGCCUGGUGACACAGAUGACGCCUUCCCUGUGCAUAGAGUCAUGAUGGCCUCUGCUAGUGAUUACUUCAAGGCAAUGUUCACAGGUGGAAUGAAAGAACAAGAUUUAAUGUGCAUUAAGCUUCACGGUGUGAGCAAAGUCGGCUUAAGGAAAAUUAUUGAUUUCAUUUAUACUGCAAAGCUUUCUCUUAACAUGGACAACCUUCAAGACACCCUGGAAGCUGCCAGUUUUCUUCAGAUUCUGCCGGUUUUGGACUUCUGCAAAGUAUUUCUCAUAUCUGGGGUCACUUUAGACAAUUGUGUCGAAGUUGGUCGGAUUGCCAACACCUACAAUCUGACAGAAGUGGAUAAAUAUGUCAACAGUUUUGUCUUGAAGAAUUUUCCUGCAUUGCUGAGCACUGGGGAGUUCUUGAAGCUCCCUUUUGAGCGUCUUGCCUUUGUGCUUUCCAGUAAUAGCCUUAAGCACUGCACUGAACUUGAGCUCUUUAAGGCUACCUGUCGCUGGCUACGCCUAGAAGAGCCUCGGAUGGACUUUGCUGCCAAAUUAAUGAAGAACAUACGAUUUCCACUGAUGACACCGCAGGAGCUCAUCAAUUAUGUGCAAACCGUGGAUUUCAUGAGAACUGACAAUACCUGUGUGAAUCUCCUUUUGGAAGCCAGCAAUUACCAAAUGAUGCCAUACAUGCAGCCAGUGAUGCAGUCAGACAGGACUGCCAUUCGCUCUGACACCACUCAUUUGGUCACACUCGGAGGAGUUCUGAGGCAGCAGCUGGUUGUCAGCAAGGAAUUGCGCAUGUAUGAUGAAAAGGCCCAUGAAUGGAAAUCGUUAGCCCCCAUGGAUGCCCCACGGUACCAGCAUGGCAUUGCUGUCAUUGGAAAUUUCCUCUAUGUCGUCGGCGGACAGAGCAAUUAUGACACAAAAGGAAAAACGGCAGUCGAUACGGUCUUCAGAUUUGAUCCUCGCUACAAUAAAUGGAUGCAGGUCGCAUCUUUAAAUGAAAAGCGCACCUUUUUCCACCUAAGUGCCCUCAAAGGAUAUCUGUACGCAGUCGGUGGGCGAAAUGCAGCUGGGGAACUGCCCACAGUGGAGUGUUACAAUCCAAGAACAAAUGAGUGGACCUAUGUUGCCAAAAUGAGUGAACCCCACUAUGGCCAUGCUGGGACUGUGUAUGGAGGAGUCAUGUAUAUUUCAGGAGGAAUCACUCAUGACACUUUCCAAAAGGAGCUCAUGUGCUUUGACCCGGAUACCGACAAAUGGAUCCAGAAGGCGCCGAUGACCACGGUCAGAGGCCUGCACUGCAUGUGUACGGUGGGCGAGAGGCUCUACGUCAUUGGCGGCAAUCACUUCCGGGGCACAAGUGAUUAUGAUGACGUCCUAAGCUGUGAAUACUACUCACCUAUCCUUGACCAGUGGACCCCAAUUGCCGCCAUGUUAAGGGGGCAGAGCGAUGUUGGGGUCGCGGUCUUUGAAAAUAAGAUCUACGUGGUUGGUGGGUAUUCCUGGAAUAAUCGCUGUAUGGUGGAGAUAGUGCAGAAAUACGACCCUGACAAAGAUGAGUGGCAUAAGGUGUUUGAUCUCCCAGAGUCCCUUGGUGGCAUCCGAGCUUGUACACUCACGGUGUUCCCGCCCGAAGAAACCACACCGUCACCUUCUAGAGAAUCCCCCCUUUCUGCACCUUAAGAUCAUCCCCGCCCCGUGACUAAGAUGCUGUGGUCCUAUCCUUGCAGCGUGUCAUGAAUUCUCUUCUUUUGCGCCCCCUUUAGUAGUGUAUCUUAGGAUUAGCCUCCAGUAAUUGAUACAGAUAUUGGAAAAAAAAAAAGACAACAUUGAUGUUAUUUGUGCUGUUUGUUUGGCUUAGAGUGUUUAUAAAGU